AUGGCUUCCCGUCCUAAUCGUGCCUGCUCAGCAUGUAUAAGAUUAGCAUGGAUUGAUGUAUCUCAAGUCGAACAAUUGCAACGAGUAUUUGAUCCACAUGCAGUUGAUAUACAAUGGGCGAACUCCAAAAGUCUUCUUCAAACUGCAACGACAAAGCGAGAAGGAAAACAAGCAUUCGGUGAAUGUAUUUCCCCAAUAAUUCAACAGUUGUCAGAUGGCAAUGAAAAUGACAAAGGCAAAAUAACAGGGAUGCUACUCGAAUUGGGUGAUGAUGAACUUCAAUUCAGCCGAGUGUUUUAA